CUAACUCCCAACUUCUUCUCCUGACACUCGCGCGCACACCCAAAUCAUGGCGACCGGUGCAACUCAGAUUCCGACGCAGCAGCCGAAGCUCCGGUGGGGUGAACUCGAAGAGGACGAUGGGGAGGAUCUCGACUUUCUCCUGCCGCCUCGUCAGGUGAUAGGGCCUGAUGAGAACGGGAUCAAGAAAGUCAUAGAAUACAAGUUCAACGACGAGGGAAAUAAGGUCAAAAUCACCACAACGACGCGCGUCAGGAAGCUUGCGAACGCCCGGCUUAGCAAACGGGCCAUUGAGCGCCGCUCGUGGCCCAAGUUUGGUGACGCCGUCCGCGAGGAUGUUGGCAGCCGCCUUACCAUGGUCUCCACCGAGGAGAUCCUACUGGAGCGUCCGAGAGCACCUGGUAGCAAACCAGAAGAAACCAAGGUUGCAGGAGAUUCUUUGGCUCAACUCGGGAAAGGGGGAGCAGUGCUCAUGGUUUGUAGGACUUGUGGUAAGAAGGGUGACCACUGGACAUCAAGGUGCCCUUACAAGGACCUUGCUCCACCAGUCGAGGGAUUUAUUGACAAGCCUGCAGCAUCUGAAACUGCUGCUGCUGCUGCUGCUGCUUCUGGCCCAGGCAAGAGUACGUAUGUUCCUCCAGGCAUGAGAGCUGGAGCUGAGAGAAGCGGAACAGACAUGAGACGCCGGAAUGAUGAGAACUCAGUCCGUGUCACCAACCUUUCCGAGGACACUAGAGAACCUGAUUUGCAUGAGCUUUUCCGUCCAUUUGGUGCUGUAAGCCGAGUUUACGUCGCCAUUGACCAGAAGACUGGCACGAGCAGGGGUUUUGGUUUUGUCAAUUUUGUUAACAAAGAAGAUGCCCAGAGAGCCAUCAAUAAACUGAAUGGGUAUGGUUAUGACAAUCUCAUCCUUCGGGUUGAAUGGGCCACACCAAGAACAAACUAGAUUUUUCUCUUGAUGCCAAGUCCUAGUACUGAGAAAACAAAAAUUUCUGGUUCCCUAAUCUGUUUGUAUUGCUGAAAAUCUAUAUUUACUAAAGAUUUUGUCUUCAAUCUUGUUGGCUUGAUACCUUUAUCUUUGCAAUUCUUCUACUUACUGUAAUUUUUAUUAGUAUUUUUUUGUUUAAUCUUUGGUGGGAUGGUUUAUUUUCAUUAGU